GUAGUUAGCGAAUUGUUACACUCUGACUCUACCGCCUAAUCUGAUAAAAAUCGUACGUGUUAUUUAAAUAAAACAAUUAUUACAUUUCAGUUUUAUAACCAACAUAAUGGAAAUCUCUUUCAAGAAUAAAAGAGUGCUGGUCACCGGGGCUGGGCAGGGUAUCGGUAGAGCCAUAGCUAUUGAGCUAUGGCGGGCUGGAGCGAAGGUCGUAGCAUUAUCCCGGACCCGGUCCCACCUGGAGACCCUACAGAAGGAGUACCCGUCCAUAGACAUCGUUGAUAUCGACGUUGGAGACUGGAACAAGAUGAAGAAACUCAUAGAGUCUCUGGGCGCUUUCGAUGCCUUAGUCAACAACGCCGCUUUGGGCCACAGCAAAGCGUUCCUUGAUAUAACUGAGGAGGAGUUUGAUACGAUAACAAACAUCAAUCUCAAAUCUGUUAUCAAUAUUAGCCAAGAGGUCGUUAGAAACAUGAUUAAGAACAAGAUACAAGGGUCUAUUGUCAACAUUUCCUCCCAGGCAUCCAAAGCAGCUGUAAAGGACCAUACGAUUUAUGGAGCUACAAAAGCUGGUUUGGACGCGGUAACUAGGAACAUGGCUUUGGAGCUUGGGAAGUACGGGAUAAGAACAAACUCUGUCAACCCAACAGUUAUUAUGACGGCAAUGGGCAGGGAGGGAUGGUCGGAUCCCGUCAAAGCCAAUACUAUGAUGUCAAAAAUACCUUUGGGCAGGUUUGGUGAAGUCAACGAAGUAGUAGAUACAGUUUUGUUCCUGCUUAGUGACAAAGCCAGUAUGAUAAAUGGAGUGGAGCUACCCAUCGAUGGAGGAUUUCUAGCUAGCAUCGGAAGAGGCAUAGCGAUAGAGUUAUGGCGAGCCGGGGCAAAUAUUGUCGCACUAUCGAGAACCAGAGCUCAUUUAGAGACUUUGCAGAGCGAAUACCCUUCGAUAGACAUCGUCGUCGCAGACAUCGGCAACUGGGAUGAGACGCGCGCGGUUAUUGAAUCACUGGGACACUUUGAUGCCUUAGUAAACAAUGCUGCUAUUGCCAUAUGCGAGCCCUUCCUGACAUGUUCGCCAGAUGCAUUUGAUAAAACAUUUGAUGUUAAUGUUAAAGCCAUAUUAAAUAUAAGCCAAGUAGUUGCCAGAAAAAUGAUAGAGAAAGGAGUUCACGGUGCCAUAGUGAAUGUCUCCUCACAGGCAUCAAAAGCCGCAUUAAAAGACCAUGCCAUAUACAGUGCUUCCAAGGCCGCUUUAGAUGCCCUCACCCGAGCCAUGGCCCUGGAGUUGGGCUCUCAUGGUAUCAGGGUGAAUGCUGUCAACCCUACUGUGAUAAUGACAGCUAUGGCGAAAGUGGGUUGGUCCGACCCUGAGAAAAGCUCAGAAAUGAAAGCCAAAAUACCACUUGGAAGAUUUGGCGAAGUCUCUGAAGUGGUGAACACUGUUCUGUUCCUUUUGAGCGACAAGGCCAGCAUGAUUAACGGAUUGGUAGUAAAAGUAUUUGCGUUGACGAAAAUGGUCAAAUGUUUUGAGGGAAAAAGGAUUCUGGUCACUGGAGGUUGCUCGGGAAUUGGAAAAGGUACAGCGACGGAGCUAUGUCGUUGUGGUGCCAGCGUUGUGGCGCUCUCUCACCAAGCUGAUAGCUUGGCGAAACUUAAACAGGAGUACCCAGAUAUCGAGACAGCCUGCGUCGAUCUCAGGGAUUGGGAGAAGACGAAAGAGGUCGUUGACUCCUUAGGCGUGUUCGAUGGGCUUGUGAACUGUGCCGGUUUUAUAAUCACUCAACCGUUUCUAGAAUGCUCGCCUGAUAUAUUUGAACAGACAAUUCAAGUUAAUACAACAGCAAUACUCAACAUUUCGCAAAUCGUUGCAAGGAAAAUGAUAGAGAACAAAAUUAAAGGGUCAAUUGUUAAUAUUUCCUCACAAGCAUCAAUGGUUGCUCUUAAGGACCACAUUGCGUACUGCGCCUCAAAAGGUGCCGUGGACGCGAUGACUCGUGUGAUGGCGUUGGAGCUGGGACCUCACGGCAUCAGGGUCAACACCAUCAACCCGACAGUGGUCAUGACAGAGCUGGGCCGCAGGGUGUGGGCUUGUCCGGAAAAGUCAGGGGCUAUGCUCGCCAAAAUUCCCCUUGGAAGAUUCGGUGAAGUGCACGAGGUAGUGAACGCUAUAUUGUUUCUACUGAGUGAUAAGUCCAGCAUGAUCUCCGGCGCUCAGCUGCCCGUGGACGGAGGUUACUUGGCUACGUAGAGGUGCUCAAUAAAAUAACAUUGAAAAAGA